UUAACUUGGCUCUAUAAUUUAUAACAAAAUAGUUAUUCUUGCCAUAAGAAGCUGUGUAUUUCUAGUAUCCCAAUCAUCACAAGCGCCCCUAACGGCGAUUUUCGAACUUCAUUUAGAUCUCAAAAACUGGGCCCAUAAUUUUUGCGUUCGAUUCGCCUCCUCCUUUUAGACUCCAUAAUCCCUAUCUACAUAAUACAACCUGAUGACAACAUUUUUAGUUUUUAGGUUAGUUUUUAUAACAAUAUUUUUUCAAAAUGUUCAAUUUAGCCAGGAAUUUAGAAAAAAUUAAUUUCAAAAACUUGGAAAAGCAGAUUAUUUUACAAUACCAUAAUGCUCCUCAAAGUAAAAAUGACGAAUUUAAGGCACUUAAUUUAUACAACGUGAAAACAAAUCGAACUAUUAGGAAGCCCUUUCAGAGACCACCUUUACCAGACCCUAGAACAAAUCAAAUGCCAAUAGAUCAAGAUUGGGGCAGUGUCUGGCCUGGUCCUAGAAGUUUUCAUCCAGCUUCCGUUCCCUUACCUGUAAGACAGGGAUAUGUAGAAAAGGGGGCACCUCCUGAUAAAUAUGCCAAUGCAGAGUUAAUGAAGAUACCAAACUUUUUACAUUUAACUCCACCAGUUAUCAAACGUCAAUGUGAAGCCUUAAAAAAGUUUUGCACGCCUUGGCCAAAAAGUCUUAAAUCUGUAGAACAAAUGGAGAAAUUCUUUCCAGUGGAGGUGACUUCUAGCGAUUAUUGUCAUAGUAGUCCCACAAUUAGAGAUCCUUUGGCUAGAAUAGUAACUAUAAGAUUCAAAUUGAAAAGUUUAAAAUUAAAUGAAAGAGAAACAGAUAAAUUUAGGAGAUUGGUUGGAGAUAGAUACAAUGAAGCUAAUGAUACAGUGACCAUUGUUACUGAUCGAUGCCCUUUGAGAAAACAAAACUAUGAUUACGCUUUAUAUUUGUUAACAGCACUGUAUCAUGAAUCAAAAAAAGUUGAACCAUGGGAAGAAUUAAAAUCUGAGGCAGAUAUGGAGCACUAUAUCUGGGAGAAUAAUGCAUCCAAACAAAGCGUAGAAGCAUUAUUUGGUCAAAAAGUUGAGGAAAUACCAAAUAUUGAAGAGUAUUCAAAAGCUGUAACUUAUUAUAUGAACGAAGGAGAAAAUGACUAUACUAUUGGAAAAUAUGGAGAAGCUGUUAAGAAAUUAUUGAAUUUACCAAGUUUAUAAGUAUUGUAUUUUAGAAUAUAGCAAUUUUAAGUAAAAUUUCCUUUUUUCCUUAAA